CGGGAAGCUAUCGCCAGGUCACGUGUGGGGCGCCCGGAUUCCUAAAGUGCAGGUCGGCGCCUGCACUGUGCGGCCGUGGAAGUUUUGCAGGGAUUGAGUGAGGCGCGUCGCCCCAAAAUCUUCUGGAGCUUUAUCCAAACCUGUCUAACACCUACCACACCCCCAUCGCCAGCGAAUAAACCACUACCACGACGAAAUCGCCGACAUUCCUAUCACGUUCAUCCCACACGAUUGAAUUGACGCGCUAAGAAUUGACCGCCGUCAACCGACGCCCCCGCCGCGAAGAUGGUCCAAAUCAGCGAGGUCAAGGGAAACAGUCGCGAGAACCGCACGGCUGCCCACACCCACAUCAAGGGCCUGGGACUGAAGCAGGAUGGAACCGCAGAGAAGCAGGCGGCCGGAUUCGUCGGUCAGACGACCGCGAGAGAGGCAGCCGGUGUUGUGGUUGACCUCAUCCGAGCGCACAAGAUGGCCGGCCGCGGCGUCUUGCUGGCAGGAGGCCCCGGCACGGGCAAGACGGCGGUCGCUCUCGCGAUUAGCCAAGAGCUCGGAACCAAGAUCCCCUUCUGCCCCAUCGUCGGCAGCGAAAUCUACUCGACAGAAGUGAAGAAGACGGAGAUGUUGAUGGAGAACUUCCGCCGCGCGAUCGGCCUCAAGGUCCGGGAGACGAAGGAGGUGUACGAGGGUGAGGUUACGGAGCUCACGCCCGAGGAGGCCGAGAAUCCUCUGGGUGGGUACGGCAAGACCAUCAGCACCCUGCUGAUCGGCUUGAAGAGCGCAAAGGGCCAGAAGAAGCUCCGGUUAGACCCCAGCAUAUACGAGGCCAUCCAGAAGGAGAGAGUGUCGGUGGGAGACGUCAUCUACAUUGAGGCGAACACGGGCGCCUGCAAACGCGUGGGAAGGUCAGACGCCUAUGCGACCGAGUUCGACCUCGAGGCCGAGGAGUACGUCCCCAUCCCCAAGGGUGAGGUGCACAAGAAGAAGGAAAUCGUCCAGGAUGUGACACUCCACGACCUCGACGUUGCCAACUCGCGGCCCCAGGGCGGCCAGGACAUCAUGAGCAUGAUGGGCCAGCUGAUGAAGCCCAAGAUGACCGAGAUCACGGACAAGCUGCGCGGGGAGAUCAACAAGGUGGUGAGCAAGUAUAUUGACCAGGGCGUGGCCGAGCUCGUGCCCGGUGUGCUCUUCAUUGAUGAGGCGCACAUGCUCGAUGUCGAGUGUUUCACCUACCUGAACCGGGCCCUGGAAUCGCCCAUUUCGCCGAUUGUUGUGUUGGCGUCAAACAGAGGAAUGGCGACCAUUCGCGGCACAGAUGACAUUAUCGCGGCGCACGGUAUUCCGACAGACUUUUUGGCCCGCCUGCUCAUCAUUCCAACCACGCCGUACCAGGCGGACGAGAUCAAGCGUAUUGUUCGCAUCAGGGCGACGACGGAGGGUGUGCCCAUCACCGACGCCGCCCUGGACAAGAUCGCCGAGCACGGCGUCCGGAUCAGCUUGCGGUACUGCCUGCAGCUGUUGACACCCGCCAGCAUUAUCUCCAAGGCAAACGGUCGCAGCCAAAUCGACAUUCAGGACGUGGCCGAGUGCGAGAGCCUCUUUUUGGACUCGCGGCGCAGUGCCAGCCUCUUGAGCGGCGAAAGCGGCAAAGGAUACAUCUCGUGAGAGGCACGGGGAAAGCAUCAUGGUUGGCUGAAUUACGAGAAGCGGUCACGGCUCCCGACGGUCUCUUUCUCGAACGAAAGACGGCGGCGGCGUUGUAAAAGAACUUGUCACAUUUAUCAAGACCAAAACAGGGUAAUCCACGGAGUUUG